CUUUCAUUAUUUUCACGCCAACACAAGCGAGAGCGGAACUGUCAAAAGUGCCGGAGUGAUCCUUCUCCUGUUCCAGACGCCAUGAAGGUGACGGGAAUCAUUUUGUGUGGCUUCUUCACAACCUGCGUGUGUGCGUCUGGGGCGACAGACGUGGUUCUGUCCUGCGAGUUCGUGGCGGACUCUUUCGGACUGCACACCUUCACCAGAACUCCGGCCACUUUCAUCUUGAGAGAAGUCAGCAUUGUUUCCGAUGAAAGCCUUGAAGCGCUGACUCCAUUCGUCCCGCCGCCCAACCUGGAUCCACGUGCCAUCAUGUUCGAGUCCAAAGCGUUAUCCUUCGAGAUUCCCAAUGCAGAUGUUCUGCUACAUGCGCACUGCAACGAGCAGGCGGUGAUGUGCGAAAUAAGCAGCUACGCUCCCCACGGCUUGAAGGAAAGGUUGGGAUCAGACCAUUUCCUGGUGUCCAUCAAUGUGGAGGGUGAUGCUUUCGGCACUUUGUUGAUCAUGCGUGCCGUGCAACCGGUGAACGACCAUUCGGGCCUGAUGCAUGAUGUGCUGGGACUGCCUCUGACCCGUGAUGGAACGCUACUGACUGAGGUGUCCUUUCUGGUGUUUUCCACUUUCACGGCUGUAACUGCACCACUGAGAGGCGUCUGCUUCCUCAAUUGCGGCUUCAAGCAUCAGGACGUGUCGCCCGAUGAGGAAGUGCACAUCGAGUGGCACCAGCAGAAUCGGGGACGAGGAAAGAAAGUCGUCAAGAUGGUGACGAGGCUGAACAAUCCGGAAGGGAGCGCGGUGUUCCAUCACGGGAGCGGGGAGUUGAGCAUGAAUGCCACCCAAGUUGUGAGCGAGGGGAACGCCUCUGUGACCCUGAACAACUUGAAGGUUACGGAUGAGGGCGCCUACAUCUGCUCCGUCAUUGUCGGGCCUUUCCAGGGUCAGCAGGUGGUUAAUCUCCAUGUGAUUCAACCACCAAGUGUUUCACUCUCGGAGAAGAAGCUAGUUUUGAAGGGAAAUGCAGCGCAGACUCUGAGCUGCCAUUGUAAUAAAUACUACCCUCUGGAGGCUCAGGUGGAGUGGCUGUCACAAGCGCCGACGGACGAGGAGCCAGCCGUCUUCCCCGAUCAGGGCUCACUGUCCAGCCACCGCAAGCAAGGCGACGGCACGUACUCGCUCUCGUCCCACCUCGUCGUGCCCCCCAGUGUCGCUCCGGGAACCCGAAUCACCUGCAGGGUGUCCCACCCAGCUCUAGACACUCCUGUCUCUGUCAGUGUGCUGGUAGAACACCUGGAACCAGAUGACUACUGGUGGGUGUUGUCAAUCCUGGGCAUCACUGUGGUGUUCUUCUACCAGCUCAUCAGAUAGAAACUAUUUAUUUAUUUCUGCUUUGAAUAAAAGGGGAUUCUUU